UCGUACCUGGAAACUCGGUAACCUGCGCUGAGGGACCCGGAACACCCCUCCUGCAGCAGGCUUCGCUGCUCGAGAACGUCUGUCUUCACUAUUGUCGGCGAGUUCCUUAAGCUUCGUCUUCUCGGCUUGUGAACGAUCCUAUCCUUUAGGUCUUCUUGGUUUCGACGCUCUGACUGGGAACGACGACCUUGACGACCGCUAUUGUCCACAACUAUCCCGGACCGUGAAAUUUGGCGAACUUGUACACGAAUAUGUCGAAGCCCGUAAGGAGCCCCACCGAUGUUGCCCAGGACAUCAUCCGUCCCACCGAGGAGGUCAAGGUGGCGAUCGACGCGCGGACGGCGCCCAGGGCCGACGCCGACUCGGAGACCUGGACGGUGUCCGAACACGAGCCUCCCGUGCCGAGGAGGAAGAUCCUCGCCUUGGUCUCGCAUCUACAGCCGAACGGCCAACACGAGCAGGGAUGCGUAUUCGUAUUGUUGCAGAGACCACCGCGCAUACAGUCUAUACCCGACGAAUACGUUGUGGAGCACGCCUUCCCUGUGUUGCACAACUUCUCGAUAUCAAUGGCUCAGCCUCGUCAGACCACAGUGGAUCUGUCGUCGCCGCCGCCGGGAAGCACGUUUGCUUUGGACCAGCCGAAAACAGAGCUCACCGUUACUAUUAACCCUGGAGAAGAUACCCCAUUUUCGUCCGUCACCCUUCACACAACCGAUACCCAAGGACUUCGUCUCCUUCUGGAUGAGUGCAGACGUCUGAAAGAAGCUAUCACGGCAGAAACGGAUGAUGAUUACGACUUCGAACCUUUUGCUUGGAUAGCGCCCUACGUCGCCGACCACGCUGUCCCGCCGCUUCUUUCUUCAAUACCUCCUGAUUUGCGGAAGUUGCAGAUACCCGUUCAUGCCCGUUUGUCUCCUGCAAGCGCCGGCGUGCCCGGGAGCGAUCUCUCCGACAUUGAGGCGAUUCGCGAAGAUUGGCUCCGUGAAAGGAUGCAGAAAGAGAUUUUUGCUGUCGGGGAGAAGGCCAGGCUCAAGAUCCGUAUUGGCACGUUCAAUGUCAAUGGUAAACUCCCUUCGCAAGAUUUAUCGGCAUGGGUCCGCGACCAGAUCACCUUGCCAGCAUCUGCUCUCAUUCCGCCAUUGAAGGAGAUAUCACCUUUGUCAAUUGGCGAAGAUCGAAAGAACCCUAUAGAGGAGCAGCUGGGUGUCAUAGACCCUGGCAACACAAUACCUUCGGGAAUCAUACCGCCGGAUUCAAGCUCGUUGGCUGCCUCGUCAGACUCCAGUGCUUCUGGUGCUACUGUCGUGGACACAAUAUCUGAGGACACGACUGUUUCAGACCAACCUCCGGAUGUCCCUGAAGACCCUAGUGAUCCCGACAUGCUGGUUUUAGGUUUCCAGGAACUGGACUUGUCAGCAGAGGCUCUGCUCUAUUCAACCGGGACGGCUCGCGAGGACAAUUGGUGCAUGGCAGUGUUCGCGGGAUUGGGCGAGAAAGCUGUCCUAUACGAGAAGCUCGCAUCUAAACAACUGGUCGGCAUGUUGUUGGUUAUAAUCGUCAAGAAGCGCCUCCGGCCUAAUUUCACUGAUGUACGGACGGCCUCCGUAGGGGCGGGGAUAAUGGGGAUAAUGGGCAACAAAGGGGCGACAGCGAUCCGCGUCUCGUUCACGCCGUCACCGUCACCGCCCGCUAGCUCGGGGUCGGAAAGCAGGCCGACCGCCCUCGCCUUCGUGAAUGCGCAUCUCGCGGCCUUUGAUGAAAUGUACGAGAAGCGCAACGUCGAUUUUCACGAUCUAUGCAAGAGGCUUGUUUUCGAUUAUGCUAACUCCGGGGAUGAUAUUGCUUCAACCGGGAGCUGGUACACUCCAGCGGCCGUGCCGCUUGGCAUCUUCGAUGCGGAUGCUCUGUUCUGGCUAGUGAACUUGAACUACCGACUUCUGUUACCAGAUGCAGAUGUACGGAGCUUGCUGGCAGACUAUGAGCUGCGGGACGAGAACUUCAGGGUCUUGCGAAGGUUUGAUCAGCUGACCACUGCGAUGAGGAGCAAGAAGGCCUUUGAUAGCUUUAUUGAGCGUCCGAUCACACAUUUGCCUUCAUAUCGGUUCGGUUCGGGCAUGCUCACCGAUGGUUUGGGUUAUGACAUGAAGCGCAAGCCUGCUUGGACAGAUCGUAUCCUCCACAUGACCUCCAGGGCAGUGGUCGUGAAACAAGAAUCAUACACGAGCCAUCCAGCCAUCACUAUGAGCGACCAUCGACCAGUAUCAGCAGCGUUCGAGCUCGAGGGACCGGCCGUUAGCGUCGCCGAGUACGAGUCGUUUAUGCAGCGCGUCUGGCGGGAAGUCUCAGGAAUAGAGUACGCGGAAGAGCGACCACGACUCAGAGUAACACCCAAUAUAAUCGACUUUGCACGGAUAGGCCACAAGCGCACUGUGACGAGGACCCUGGAAGUCGCAAACAUUGGGAAGGUGCCAUGUGCCUUCCGUUUCGUCUCUCAGAAUUUUGCUGCGGAUGCUUGCCCGUCUUGGCUGCGCAUCGAAGCAAUGGCUGGCCUUGUCCUACCUGGAAAGAAGACAGAAAUAAUUCUCACUGCGUAUGUGGAUGACGCAACAGCAGCACAGCUCAAUCUCGGCAAUGCGCGCCUUGAGGACACGCUUGUCCUGCAUACUGCGCUCGGAAGAGACUAUUUUGUGGCCGUAUCGGGAGACUACGACCGUACUUGCUUUGCGACAAGUAUCGCAUGGCUCGUGCGUCUUCCGGGACCCGUUAGGGCACUCCAGGCUCCGAGCGACCUCCUUCCUGAGGAUAAAAGCGUCAACGCGCCCCGGGAGAUCAUGCGGCUUAUCAAUUGGCUCAUGAGUAAUGGGACGCAGACGGACGGCUUGUUCCUGACGCCCGGCGAUGAGGAACUUGUGCUACGAAUCCGCGAGGACCUCGAUACAGGCGAAGAAUUCAGCUUAGAAGUGACCCAGAAUGACUCUAAAACUACGCUCGCGUUCGCGGAUACGCUUCUUCGGCUCCUAGAGUCGUUGACAGACCCUGUCAUACCUAGCUCCCUGCAUGCGAAAUGCGCGCAGAUCACCAGCCGCGAUGAAGCCUUUGAGAUACUCGAUCAAUUCCCCGUCGUCAAUAUUAACGUUUGGAUAUCGCUCACUGCAUUCCUCCACUUCAUCGGACAACGAGAGUCGUACCAAACAAAGAUCGAACACCUUAUCGCUAUCUUCACGUCGGUGCUCCUCCGCGACGAUCUAAACUCCCUGAUGCCGGUCUCGAUAACCGGCAAAAGGAAUUUCCUACGAUACUUCAUUGGGUGAGAUCCAACCGGGUGAUGAGAUCUACUAGGCGGGGGCUUUGUGGCGCGGAGAAGAAAUAUGAUAUUAUGCAACGCAUUCGAGUCUUUUCGCUAGCAUUUUUGAAUCGGCGCCUCCCCCGUUCC